AUGCGGUGGAGAGGCAGGAGACGCUCGGAUUGGUGGCUUCUUACCCUCAGCAUCGUUCUGCUGGUUCCAGGCAUCCUUUGCCAGGGGCAGAUUUCUCUCGGGGGGGACACGUUUGAAGACCCCCCUGAAGAUCCAGCUCCCCCGGCAUCUGCGUUGACUUUCCAAGAUGAUCUGGAAACUCAGGGAUUCCAUGAAGACCGGAGGAUGAAUCCGGACACCAGCAGGAAUUCACCAUUCCCCUUCCCAUGGCAAUUUGCUGAUGCCCUUCAAGGGGCAACAGUCACUAGGCUAGGGGUAUUUAUGGACAAAAGCAAUGAUCCCCACUUACAUCCUCUGGCUUCUAACAUUCCGCCGGUUACCAGAAAAUUACCUCUCACCCCAAAACAGGCACAUUCCAGCCCAUCUAUACCCUCUGCUCACCCUUCAUCUAUCCAGGGGGCAAACUCUGCUCCUCUGCUGCCCCUUGCAUCCCCGGUUAGUACAGCUUUCUCUUUGCCAAUUACCCCAGCACCCUAUGCCCCCUCAUCCCUUCCCACCCCUCCUGAGUCUUAUUCCCCCUCCGAACACCUUUCUUUCUUCAUGCCAGUCCCCGCGUUCCCCAGCAAGCCCCCUUACCCUGCCGUGCGCCGGGCUGCUCGCUCACUGACACCCCGAACCGUCUCCUCGUCCUAUACGGUGAAAGUGCCUGCAGGGGGCGCUCUCGGGGAAACCAUCUUCACCGUUCCCGACCGGCGGUACCGGGCCAAGUGGUUUGAGAUCAGUUGGCCCCCAAAUCCCCCGGUCAGGAUUGAGAGCGGAUCCGGGCGACUCUAUCUGACCCACAAACUCCAAGGAGGACAGACAGAAGUGCAAGUGAAAGUUCAGAAUCUGGAGCAAGAUAGUGACUGGUAUUUGAGUCACAUAACAAUUGUUGUUCCGAGAGAAGAAAGCCUAGAAUGGACAAUGUAUCCUUUCCCAUACUUGGCUCGGGUCGACCCUGAUGCAUCAAAAGGCACAUUUGUGUAUCAGCUAUUAGCCCAUUACUACAAUGAUGAAAGCUCUGGUGGGGGGAUAUCUUAUUAUGUUGUAGAAGGAACUGACCGGUGGUUUGGAGUUGAUAAGGAGACAGGGGUGAUCAGUACCACUGGGUUCCCUAUGACACGGAACACAGAAUAUUCACUCACAGUCCAAGCUACCGACCGGCACGGAAAGAAAAGCCCACAUGCUUCUAUCUCCAUUCUGGCUGGAAUCCGUCCGCCGCAGUUUACCAAUAUUUCUUACAAUUUGUUUGUGCCAGAAAGCACUGCGACUGGGGAGAGGAUAGCGGUUGUGGAAGCUGUGUCCUUCCAAAGUAAACCAGUCACCUAUACCUUGUUGAUGAAUCCCAGUGGCCUGUUCUGUAUGAACCAGGAGAGCGGGGAGCUGAGUCUGACACAUACGGUGGAUUAUGAGAGGGAACAUCACCUGUAUCGUUUACUUGUGAAAGCACUGGAGACAGAGACGGGACUUAGCAGUGUCACAGAGGUAAUUAUACAUAUCAUGGAUGACAAUGAUUGCUCCCCAGAAUUUCUGAGGUCUAUCUACAGUCAAGACAACAUUUUAGAAGACAUCCCUGUGGGCACCUCCUUGUUGCAAGUUAUAGCCCAAGACUGUGACUCUGGCUCCAACUCUGAAAUAUCUUACUUCACCCAGAGCUCUGAAUUUUCCAUCACACCUCAUGGUAUCAUCCACUCCAGCCGGCGGCUAAACUAUGAACGUACCAACCACAUUUAUGAGUUUGUCGUAAUAGCUGCGGACAAGGGAAACCCUCCUAGAACAGGAACUACGUCUGUCCGCUUACGCAUGGCCAAUGUUAAUGACGAAGCUCCGGUUUUCUCCCGAACUGUUUAUAACACCUUUGUAGCUGAAGAUGCAGGACCUAAUACAUUGGUGGCCGUUGUCCAUGCCAAAGAUCCAGAUGGUGAUGGAAUUUCUUACUUCAUUGUUGGUGGAAAUGAGGAGGGUAACUUUGAGUUGGACAGCCAGAAAGGUAUCCUGAGACUUCGGACAGCUCCUCUGCCCCGGUGGAUAGGACCUCAGUAUAUACUGAAUGUCUCAGCAGUUGAUGACAACUCAUCUGGGGGACCUUUGUCUUUAAGAAGUUUCACUGAAGUCAUUGUGGGCAUAAAUGAUGUUAAUAACAAUAAGCCGAUCUUCAGGGAGUGUUUGCAGUAUAGUGAAAGCACAUCCGUUUUGGAGAACCAGCCACCAGGUGCCUUUGUCCUCCAAGUAGAAGCUGUUGAUGCAGACAUAGGCCUUAAUGGGGCUGUGAAGUAUGGUAUCAUGCACAGAGAAGGCUCUAGUCCCUGCUUUGCCAUUGAUACAGAUACAGGUGUUAUAACCACGCUGCAGAGCUUUGACAGAGAAAAGCAGAGAGAAUAUACAAUUUCUGUGACAGCCAUUGAUCAGGCACAAGAACCACUUAUUGGGAUCUGCCAGAUAACCAUUCUAAUUUCUGAUGUCAAUGACAAUGAUCCAACAUUUGGGAACAGUCAAUAUCAAUAUUUUUUGAGAGACGACACAGCCGUGGGAACAAGUUUUCUCCGAGCUGCUGCUCUGGAUGAUGACCAAGGAGUCAAUGCUGCCAUUACAUACACUAUGUCACAAGAGAAGCCAGAGUAUUUCCACAUACACCCCAGCACUGGAUGGCUGUAUGUGAGCUAUCCAUUCUCUCAGACCUCAUGUAUCAUUCGGCAGAUAAUUGCCACAGAUGGUGGUAAUCGCAGCAGUAGCGUGGAACUUACAGUGACCAUCACCAAUGUACUCAACCAGCCACCGCAGUGGGAACAAGCGGGGUACUGGGUGUCUGUUCCUGAGAACAUUACACGGGAUUCGGAGGUUGUGACCAUUAAAGCUAUUUCCCAACUCAGCGAUUCAAGAGUUACAUAUAACAUUGAAGAAGGUCUUCUGCCCGAGACAAACUGUCCCAUUCGAUUCUACCUUAAACCUAACCGAGAAGAUGGCUCAGUCUCUAUGAUGGUAUCUGAACCCCUGGAUUAUGAAGGAACAAGAUCCUUUGCAUUGAAAAUCAGAGCUCAGAAUGUUGCCACCGUCCCACUGGCUUCAUUUACAACUGUGUACGUCAAUGUAACUGAUGUUAACGACAAUGUUCCAGUCUUCACAUCUUCUGCAUAUGAGGUGACAUUGCCUGAAGGAGCAAGAAUUGGGACAUCCAUAGCCCAAGUUCUGGCAACAGACCUAGAUUCUGGUCUUCAUGGAAAGGUACAUUACACCAUCCUGAAAGACGUCAAUGAAGAUGAUCUUUGCUUUACGAUUGACCCUGAUACAGGGGUCGUAUAUACUGGGGCGUAUUUUGACAGGGAGAGGCAGGCGUCCUACCUUAUAGAAGUGCAGUCUCAGGACUCCACAGAAUCAGCCCGGCCUGGAAUGGAAGGGCACCCUAAUACAGAUAUGGCCUACGUACGAAUAUUUAUCGGCGAUGUCAAUGACAAUGCUCCAAGGUUUUCACAGCAAAGAUAUGAGACCAGUGUGGAAGAAGAUAACGAUGUGGGUUAUGUUGUCAUGACUGUCAAUGCUCUCGAUGAAGAUAAAGGAGACAACGCCAAGAUACGGUACCAGAUUACAAAUGGAAAUGAAAAAGGGAUAUUUGAUGUGGAACCAGAAGUUGGAACAAUCUUUAUCACCCAAUGUCUAAACUAUGAACAGGACAGACAAUUUGAACUUAGGCUGGUGGCCUCAGAUGGGAAGUGGGAGAACCAUACUCUCGUAACUGUAAAUGUUAUUAACUUGAACGACGAAGCACCAGUCUUUACCCAGAGUGAAUAUCAGGGCAGUAUCCUCGAAGAGCUGACAGAUCUUCCUGUGCUUGUGCUGCAGGUUUCAGCCAUCGAUCCAGAUCAAGAAGCUGAUCAGACAGCUCUUCGAUACUCACUGCAUGGACAAGGAGCCAACAGUGAAUUCAUCGUUGACCAGUUUAAUGGGAAGAUUUACUCCCAGAGAAAACUAGACCGAGAGCAACGUGCCAUGUGGCGUUUUCUGGUUCUCUCAACUGAUGAAAAUGGGGAUGGCUUGACUGGUUUUGCUGAUGUGAUUGUUGAUGUUAAAGAUGUCAAUGAUAAUGCUCCGACAUUCCUUUGCAUGUCAGAUGGAUGUUUCAUUGGAUAUAUCCCAGAAAACUCUCCUGCCGAUACCACUGUGAUGGAGAUAACAGCGUUAGAUUUAGAUGACCCCAAUUCUGGACAGAAUGCACUGCUUACAUAUAGGAUUGUGCAAAAUGCCCAGAAUGAGAUCGAUCUCAAUUUGUUCACAAUUCACCCAUCUACUGGAUCCAUUUACAACGCCCUUGGGUCGUUGGACAGGGAGAAACAGGACAAGUAUUUGAUUGUUGUGGAGGCCAGAGAUGGUGGAGGACUUACUGGGACGGUUACGGCUACCAUCAUAGUGUCUGAUGUUAAUGAUCAUGCCCCAGUUUUUACACAGAAGGCUUACACGGCCUUUGUUCCUGAAAACACUGGCAUUAAUAGCGAAGUGACUGCUUUGUAUGCUUUAGACCAUGAUGAGGGCGAAAAUGCUUUGAUGACAUUCAGUAUCAUAGCAGGAGAUGACGACCGUAAGUUCUUUAUAGAGACGGAUAAAAUUCAUAAACGUGGAAUCAUCCGCCUUAGGAAAAAACUGGACUAUGAAAAGACUCAUGAGAGAUCAUUUAACCUAACAGUAAAAGUAGAAGACAUGGAUUUCUUUACAAUUGCGUAUUGUGUUAUCCAUGUUGAAGACUCAAAUGACCAUGCGCCGGUUUUCUACCAACAUUUUUAUGAGGUUGCUCCCCUGUCAGAGGAUGUUCCUGUUGGUAUGAUGGUGCUGCAGGUAUCCGCUGUUGACUUGGACUCGGGGCUGAAUGGAAAGCUUUGCUAUCAAAUACUUAAUUCAUCUGACCCUGGUGGUCAAUUCUCUGUUUUUAACGAUGGCAGGAUUGUGGUCGCUAACCAACUAGACAGGGAAACGUCUGCCCAGUACUGCUUGGUGGUACUCGCAACUGACAUGGGUGACCCAUCUCUUAGUGGAAGCGCAACCAUUACAUUCAGCAUUGAUGAUGUAAAUGAUAACGCGCCGGAAUUUGAAGUCCAGUAUAACCCCAUGAUUUGGGAACAUACUGAUUACCCUCAUGUUGUACAAAUUAACAAAACUUCCACUUUAUUGUAUGCUAAAGACAAUGAUACAGCAGCGAAUGGAGCUCCAUUUUGUUUCUAUCUGCUGAGGGAUGAAAUCAGUGCAAAUGACUUCGAUUUACAAGACUUUCACAACGGAAGCGCAAUGAUAACUGCGCUACGGAGCUUCGACAGAGAGGUGCAAAAAGUGUUUUAUUUACCAAUCUUAAUCACCGACAGUGGAAGCCCACCAAUGACCUCAACAAAUACAUUAACAAUACUAAUUGGAGAUAAAAAUGACCAUCCUCAUUCGCCAGGACACAUGGACUGCAUUGUCUACAGUUACAAAGGCAUUCUGCCGUCAGUUAACCUUGGAAAAAUUGAAGCAUCAGAUCCAGAUGAUUGGGAACACAAAAUGUAUAACAUUGAAGGAAAAUCAAGACUCUUCACCCUUGAUGAAGCAUCUGGCAUGCUGAUCAUGAAAGAAGGGGCUAUGCCAGGGGUCUACAAUGUAAAAGUGAAAGUGACAGAUGGCAUCUGGCCAGAUGUGGUGUCCACAGUUAGAGUUGUGGUGAAUGACCUUGCGGAAGAAGCUGUUCAUAAUGCUAGUUCCUUGAGAAUGAGAGGUGUGACUGCAGAGAAAUUUGUGGCACAAUCUCCAGACAAUGUCAGUAAAUAUAAGCAGCUGAAGAACCUGCUGGCAGACAUCGUUGAGGUUGAGCUGGACAGUAUCCAUGUGUUCAGCGUAAUGAACACCGCUGGGAUUUCAGACAGCACAGACGUUUGGUUUGCAGUCUCCGGGCCCCGCUAUUACCGGAAAGAAAAACUCAAUGGCAUUGUGGCUUCAUCAAGAGACAAGAUAGAAUCUACGCUGGGUGUUCAGGUGGAGAAUAUUGGAGAACAUGAGUGUGAAAAAGCAAAAUGCAGUCUCAAGAGCGGAUGUAGGGUCACGAGAACGUACAAACAUUUUCCUACACUAGUAAAAGCUCCAACGAUUUCCUUUGGCUCAGUCACUGUCCUUACCAUGGCCACCUGCUCCUGUUCUUCUCGAGAAGUUCAACACCUCGCCUGCUCUUCCUACCCCAACAGCCCCUGUCUCAAUGGGGGCACUUGUGUUGACACUGACCUUGGAUACAGAUGCAAAUGUCCCUCUGCUUUCAAUGGUCCCGAAUGUCAACAAACAACACACACAUUUGGCGGUCAGGGCUAUGCUUGGUUUGCACCAAUGACCCUUUGCUUUGAAAGCAAAAUCUCUUUGGAUUUUAUCACGGCAGUGCCGGACGGGCUUUUGCUGUACAAUGGCCCCAUGUCCAUCAGCUCCCAUGGACAAUCACAGGACUUCAUUGCGCUGGAGCUUCAGGGUGGCUUUCCUGUUUUGGUUAUUAACCAUGGCUCCGGUUCCCUCCUACUUCAGUUUCCCACAAAAGUAAAUGUGGCAGACCAACGCUGGCACACUCUCCACAUUAUGAACAAUGGAAAGAAAGUAAAGAUGACUCUAGAUCUUUGUUCAGAGGACCUGAUGAAUAAAACCGUUGGCCUUCAGGGAAGACCAAGAGAUCGAUCAUCAUGUGAAGUUUCAGGAGAAACUCCAGGGACUAAGAGGUUCCUCGGGGUCUUCCAGCCGCUGCAGCUUGGCGGAGUGAGAAACCCAUUGACUACCCUUCACCCAGCAAUUCACUUCAAAGGCUUUCAUGGCUGCAUCCGGAAUCUUCAUGUUGAUAGCAAGGUCUAUGACUUGCAGCAGCCUGUGGAGUCUGUAGACAGUUCUCCAGGCUGUGCUGUGACGGAGGAAUUGUGUGCGCUGGCCGGAUCGCCCCCGUGUGGAGAUCAUGGGUUCUGCAUGAGUGACUGGCGUUCUCUCCGAUGCGAUUGUCAUCCAGGAUACAGUGGAGAAAACUGCAAAACAGUUCUCCAGGAAUGGGCCUUUGAACGAGACAGCUGGAUUCACUAUAAGAUUCAUUCAUCCUUGAGCCUCCAGCACACACAUGUACAGCUUCUAGCUCGUACACGAGUGUCCUUUAGUACUCUCCUCAGCCUGGUGUCAAAAGACAGGUCUUCAUUCCUGAGGCUCGAAGUGGCUGAUGGAAACUUUGCCGUACGUUUUCAUUUGGAUGACCGGGAGCAUUUUAUUAGAUUACCAAACCUGAAGAUAGACCAUGGCCAGUGGACUCUGCUGAACUUGGAGUGUUAUGAUAACACAUUCACGUUACGUAUUGACAAAGGUGGAGGGGAUCGUGAGAUCACAGUAGCGGUGGGAAAGAGCUGGUUGUUUGAUGUGGAUCCAUCAUGCAUCGUUCUAGCUAACAGCUUUCCACAGCAAGCAGAGAAUGAUUUCCAAGGGUGCCUGCGCGAUGUGCGGCUGAAUGGUCACGUUCUGCCCUUGGAUGGAAGCAGUAAUGAGUACAGUACGGUGGUCGGUGUUCAUGGGCUUACCAAUGGAUGCCGGUCAGAUGCCUGCAGGAAUGAACCAUGUGAGAGUCAUCUUAACUGUAUCGAUUUAUGGAGAAAGCAUGAAUGCAGGUGCCCUGCAGAUAAAGUGGAAGUGAUUAACAAUGUCACAGGACGCAAGCUCUGUUAUCCUUCCCCGUGUACGCGGAGGAGCUGUCGUAACAGGGGCACUUGUGUGGCUCAGUCUCACCAGAAGUAUAUUUGUAAUUGCAAAGAGGGCUAUAAAGGAAGAAUAUGUGAAAGCAUCCAGACAAGGAGCGGGAAGUCUAUUGGCCUCAGUUCAGGAUCCAUUUUAGCCAUCAGCAUGUGUCUCCUCAUUUUCAUAGCCUUGUUGGUCUCCUACACAGUGUGGAGUCAGUGGGGAAGUUCCAAUUUCCGGAAAGGAGGAAUUUAUCAUAUUCCUGCAGAGCAUGAGAGCUGGGAGGACAUUAGAGAAAACGUCUUAAAUUAUAAUGAAGAGGGUGGAGGAGCGCGUGACCAGGUAUUUGUGUUCACAACUCACAUGAACCGUAAAUAGCAUAAUGGAUACGACCUUCACAAAUUGAAGAAGCCUGUAAGAACGAAUGUACAGAAGCUCUGCGCUAUUUCCAAUGAUCCCCCAGCCUCAAGGUUCUGUAGGACUUCAGAUACCCAACCCAAAGCUGAAAGAGCAAAACUUCCCCAGCACCACAGAAAGCCGAAGCCCAAUGGCCCCAGAUUCCAGGAGUAUGUGUGCCAAAUAAGAGGAGCUCUAGAUAAUGAUCUUAAAAGCCACCCUGUGGAUGUUCUUCACAAUUACUCCACAGAGGGACAACGCUCAACAGCUGGAAGCCUUCGGUCACUGGACCCCUCACCUAUUGACGAAGACUUGAACUAUGAAUAUCUGAGCAGAUGGGGUUCAAAGUUUGACAGACUCAAAGAAUUAUACCAGUCCUCUGAAAGCAAGGUUUAGGAAGCCUUUGGCACUUAUCAACAGACAGGACACAUGCCGCUGAAACUGAAACCUCCAAACCUCCUUCGAUAAAUACUUUAGUUUUAAAGACCUUUUAAGCAAUUACAA